UGUGGAAACGUAGAAAUGGAGACAUCAUAUCCGAAACCCAUCGAUCUCAAGACUCGAAUAGGAUGGAUUGGCAUCGGGAUAAUGGGAUCGGCCAUGGUUUCUCAUAUUAUCGCCGCAGGCUACUUGGUCACCGUCUACGCUCGCGAUCUCCGGAAAUCAAAAGAUCUGCGAACCAAAGGAGCUCGCAUAGCCAAUAGCCCCAAAGAGUUAGCGGAGAUGAGCGACGUUGUGUUCACGAUUGUUGGAAACUCUAACGAUGUCCGAUCGUUGCUUCUCGGUGAAGAUGGUGUACUCUCUGGUCUUAAACCCGGUGGUGUAACAGUGGACAUGACUAGUAGCAAGCCGGAAUUGGCGCGUGAAAUACACGCGGAGGCGAGUAAGAGGAAUUGUUGGGCGGUAGAUGCGCCGGUAUCAGGUGGAGACGCUGGGGCACGCGAGGGGACAUUAGGGAUUUUCGCCGGCGGAGAUUCUGAGAUCGUGGAGUGGUUGUCCCCGGUGAUGAAGAAUAUGGGGACUGUAAGUUAUAUGGGAGGGGCAGGGAGUGGGCAAAGCUGCAAGAUCGGGAAUCAGAUCGCUGCUGCAAGCAACCUGGUUGGACUUGCUGAAGGGAUUGUGUUUGCGGAGAAGGCGGGUUUAGAUACAGUGAAAUGGCUUGAGGCGGUGAAGGACGGUGCAGCUGGAUCGGCGGUUAUGCGGCUGUUUGGGGAGAUGAUGGUGAUGAGGGAUUAUAAGGCGACUGGGUUUGCAGAGUAUAUGGUGAAAGAUUUGGGAAUGGCGGCAGAGGCAGCAAUGCCUGGUGCUGCUUUGAGCAAGCAGUUGUUCACUGGAAUGGUGGCUAAUGGAGAUGGCAAGUUAGGGAUUCAAGGCGUCGUCUCUGUUAUUAGAAGACUUAACGGCCUAUCCUGAAAACACUUGUGUUAAGAAAAGUGUUCCAAUGGUUUCAUGGUCAAUUAGGCAAACUUGUCUCUGAUUUGGUCUGUAGAUUUGGUUUAAGUUGAUAAUAAGAACAUCGAGUCUCACCAA